AACGGAGGAGAAUGAUCCGGGCGUUCUCUUUCCCCGCCAGCCCGGAGCGGAGCCGGCUCCGCGGCUGGCUGGAGGGCACCUUGGCCGGCUUGUGCGAGCUGCAUCUGCUCCGCGAGCGCCAGGAGCGCCGCGUCCGGCAGGCGCUGCGCCUCGCCGCCGAGUCCCCGAGCAAGCAGGGCGAUGGCGAGGCUGGAGGCGGCGACGCGGCUCCGGAGGACCAGCUGGAUGCCCUGCCUGGUUUGAUGUGGGAGCUGGAGCAGCAACUGGGGCUGCUGAGACUAUACCCUGAGAAGACUUGUGGGGAGGCAGGCGAGACGGACAGCUGGCCCAGUUCAGGUUUCUACGAGGGGGCGCAUUCGGCGGUGGCCUCCGAUUCUCCUGCCUCUGGGUUCGGGGACUCCUCUUCCGGCUUCCCGUCAGCCUCGGGGUCCUACUCCCGGAUCGGCCGCCCCGAGUCCCGUUUGGGCUACGCCAAUGAGCGCCCUAAGUCUGUGGUAGGACGGCAAUGUGGCCAGAGAAUUUCAGCCAACCUCUUUCUCUCUCUCUCUCUCUGUCUCCUUUUCUUCCCGCCUCGGUUCCCAGGCGAUGUGGGCAACAGCAGCAAAGACGGGCCCCAUCGGAGCACAGUGCCCCGCUCCUUCUCUGCCCCCUACUCCAGUUCCCACGACUACGCCGAAGAGCCCGCCAGCUACCCGCCAGACCCUUUCCUGUACCCCAGCCCUCUCCACGCCGUGGCCCUGCAGAACCCCUUGCUGCGGAGCCACCUCUACGAAGACCCCGCUUUCUCUUCGGCUGCCUCCCAGGCCUACCCCGCAGACGGGGACGGGGGCCUGGAUGCCUACGGCGGCGAGUUCCAGUUCUACUCGGAAGCCGCCGCCUCACACUGCCACAAAGUAGAGAGCUACAUCUCUCGCCUCGUCCGCCGCCGCAGCCAGCUGGUGAGGGGCAGCAAACCCCGGACGAGCCUGGGCUCGGAGCCGCCCGCCAAGGGCGCUGUGGCCAGGCAAAACAGCCUGUGCAAGAGGCCCCUGGAGCUUCUCCCCCCGCCGACGGAGCGCAAACACCCUCCGGCCAUGGAGAGGGGCAGCAGCACCCCUUCGCCCUGCGGCCAUGAAGGGGGGGCCGCUGCAGCCACGCGGAUCUGGUCCUCAUGGGAUGCCGCGGCCGAAAGGACACUGGCGGCCAAAGCAGCCUCUGAGGACUACAGCCCACCCCACGCCAGCCUCAAGAAGCCCCCCAAGCUGCAGGCCUUGGCCCAUAUGCGACCUCCGUCCGCUGACCAGUAUGAAGCAGCCUACCCAUCGUCCCCGCUGCUGGAUAGAGACGACGGAGUCACCCCUGGCAGCAACCAGGACUUGGCCUCCUACGAGUCUGAGGACGGGGCCUGCCUCAUGGUCAAGGCCCACUACAUCCCAGCUCAGCAGCCUCCCCGGGCGCAGCAGGCCCUGCGGCCUGGCAAAAAGAAGCCCCCUCCCCUGACCAAAGGGCGCUCCGUGGAACUGUCACCAGAGCGGGCCCCCUUGCUGCCCAGGGAGCGGCCGCGGGUGUCGGCGCCCCCCAAGAAAUGCCGCUUCAGCGAGGAGGGCGGCGAGGCCGCGGGGAGGAAAGGGGGCGGCCGGAAAAGCUCCCCUAGGUCGAGGAAGGCGGCUCGCUCGCAGUCAGAGAACAGCCUCCUCAACAAACCGGGGGUCAAGUACGGCACGGCUGAGCGGGACGAGGCCACCAGCAAGCCGGCCCGCCCGAGGCGGCCUCAUGGCAACGUGGCCGCCGGCUACCGCAAGUGGCGCUCGACAGCAGAGAUCUGCCAGGACGAGGCCCCCGGCGGGAGCGCCGCCGAGCCACGCCGGAGCCGCCGGGGGGCAGGACCGGUGGGGUACAGCUACGCCGGGAGCGACUCCGAAUGCUCGGCUGAGCCGGCCCGGCAAGCGCCCAUGUGCCGCCUGGAGGAAGGCCUUGUUUACGGAGACAGCGAGUCGAGCCUGAGCGACGGGGACUCGCCUCCGGCCUACAGCAGCGGGGCGUCCAGCGACACGGACGAGAGCGGCGGCCUGGUGUGGCCGCAGCAGCUCUCUCCUCAGCUUGUAUCGGCCUCUGGGCCGGGGAAGGCUGCGGGCGGGCAGCCUAAGGUCUUCGUCAAGAUCAAGGCCUCGCACGCGCUGAAGAAGAAGAUCAUGCGCUUCCGCUCUGGCUCCCUCAAAGUCAUGACGACUGUGUGAAGGAGGGCAGCCAUUUUGUCCCUCUUUCGGCAGAAAGGUCCCCCUCGAAUGCACUCCCCACACACACACACCCCGACAUCCGGGCUGGCUCCAACCCCAGGACUGAGUGAUCGGUUCCAUUUUUGUCCCCCAGGGAAAACCUGGGGAAGUUAACACUGCCUUUGAACAGAGUUUGGGGUGCCCAUGAUUCUUAACUCUCUUUUCCCAGCUGCACGAAAAAUCGCUAAAGUGGUCUCGCUCCCCCUCCUGCCACCCCUUUCUAAUCCCGUCCAUUUUUAAAGGAGAGGUAUUUAUUAUGGUUUUUGUACAGUUAACUUCUCAGGAGCCCAGGUUUCUUGUUGCAAAACUCUCGAGUCUGCAUUGACACUGCCAAUCUUGUAUUCCUAUAAAGAUAUCCUUUCUCUCUGUGUAAAUAAAAUUCGGUGUUUUGUUUCUUG